AUGUUUGGUAUACUUAUAUUAUAUUUGUCAUCUCCUGGAAUUCCAAAAAUAUUGGAUAUAAUUAUUCCAUUAAAUGAAUCACGACCACGAAUAUUUCUGUAUGAAACAGAAUAUUUUAUCGAUCAAGAUAAAUAUUAUUUUUAUAUACUUAUUCAUGCAUACAUGACUGUUCCAGUUUCACUUGGAAUUAUUGUUUUUUUUGAUAAUGUACUUGGAACAUAUAUUCAUCAUGCAACAGGGAUGUUUGAAAUUGUUAGAUUUAUAGAUUUGGUUGAAUCAACUGGUACAAUAGCACUUUUAUUUGUUGUUGGACUUAAUACGUUGAUAAUAACAGUAACAGGAAUGUCGACUGUAAUGAAAAUUGAAGAACCAAGUGAAGCAUUUCGAAAUAUGGCAUUUACAAUUGGUGGUAUAUUUCAUUUAUUUUACAACAGUCAUCAGGGAAAUUUAUUGAUGAGUCAGAGUAAAGAUGUCUUUGAAGAUGUUUACUCGAGUGAGUGGUACACAUUACCUCCAAGUUUACAAAAACUUUUGAUACCAAUAAUGAUGAGAGCUAAAAAACCAUCAGUAUUAACAGCUGGUGGUCUAUAUGUUUUAUCAAAUGACAGUUUUAGUCUGGUUCUUAGAAAGGCCAUGUCAUUUUUUACGGUGCUCAAUUCGGCACGUUAG